GAGAAGUUCUGUAGGGGAGGGAGCGAAAAGCAUAGACAGGAUGCAGUCAGCACUUAUUGCGUCCCCAGUGGGCCAGAGGGCUGGCGUGUUUGGCACCCAAGUGCGCAGGCCUGCCCACCUUUCAGCAGGCGCCUUGAGAGCACCUGUGGUCACUCGGGCGGCCUCGAUCGCAGCAGAGGAUGUGCCAGACAUGCAGAAGAGGACCACCAUGAACUUGCUACUGUUGGGCGCUGCUUCGCUCCCCAUUGGCUACAUGGCGUUUGGCUUCGUGGCACUGCUUGUGCCUCCCAAGAUUGCCGGCACUGCAGGCGGACAGAUCGCCAAGGACGCUGCUGGCAACGAUGUCAAGGGCAGCAAGUGGAUUUCGACCCACAAGGCAGGUGACCACUCCUUGGUCCAGGGCCUGAAGGGUGACGCCACCUACCUGGUCGUCACAGAGAAGAACGAGAUUGAGAAAUUUGGAAUCAACGCUGUGUGCACGCACUUGGGAUGCGUCGUGCCCUGGAACGUGAACGAGAACAAGUUCAUGUGCCCAUGCCACGGAUCGCAGUACAACUUCCAGGGCAAGGUUGUGCGCGGCCCAGCUCCCCUGUCUCUGGCCCUGGCACACACUGAUGUUGUGGACGACGUUGUCUUCCUCACCGAGUGGAAGGAGACUGACUUCCGCACAGGCUUGAACCCCUGGUGGGCGUAGAUUGGCUUGCCCCAGGAGCAUGCCAGGAUUUGCGCAAAACACAAUAUCAGAGAUUCCUUUUCAAGAAGUAGAUGAGAUUGUUGGUUAGGCAUAGGACAUUUGGCUCUUGAGGGGGCCAGCUGCUGCUGUCUUGCACAUUGCAAAUGGCUGUCGGUAGCAGAGAAGAAUUAAUUCAAUGGUGCCGUCAUAAUUAAUUCAAAAAGGUCAUUCACCUGAAAUAACGACGGAGGUUCUUCUGUAAAACAGGAUUCCACAGA